UGAUUUAUUCUAUUAGUAGUCACUUAAAUUAGUUGAACAGUCCAAGUUCGGUCACUCUCCGUUACCUCCGUUAGACUCCGUUAAUGACGACCGUUAAGUGAUGAUGUGGCUAACAAAAAAUCACAGUCAGCCUAUUUUAACCCUAAAAAAUGACUACCCGACCCGCCACAUCAGAUUUGCCCGCCAUGUCACCCUUCCCUACCCAACCCGCAAACCAACUCAAUAAUCGACCCAACCCCAAACCCGACCCCCUGAAUCUGAAGAAGACGACUAUGGUGCUGCUUCCGCAAUUCCAAACCCCAAACUCUGUUUCCCUUCUAGUUACAACGAUCCCUCCUCUCAAUCUUCUUCUUCUGCUGCUGCUGCAUCUCCUUCCGCUAUCCAGCACCGAAACUUCCUCCCUCAACACCAGCACCACGCCGCCGCCGCCCCGUCCUCCGCGGCAUUCAAUUUCGACGACCGGCAGCUCGACUUCGUGGACCUGUCCCUCGGGAGCUCGAGCGAUGCGGAUCCCGAUCUCCAACGCGGAGCCGGACCGUCUUCGACGGCGAUGCCGAUAGAGAAGGAGCACAUGUUCGACAAAGUGGUGACGCCGAGCGACAUCGGAAAGCUGAACCGGCUGGUGAUACCGAAGCAGCACGCGGAGAUGUGAAACUGAUCGGCGCCUAGGCGAGCCCUUACGUAAUGAGGCUUAGAAUCGCGCUCAACGUCAAAUCUGUUGAGUACGAGUUCCUCCAGGAGCAGUUCGGGUCCAAGAGCGAGCUCCUCAUCAAAUUAAACCCUGUCCACAAGAAAAUGCAUGUCCUUCUUCACAACGGCAAAUCCGUCUGCGAAUCCGUAGCGGCAGAGGUAUGUUUUGACGCCGGCGAUGGCCAGGUGGCGGCCGCCGAUUUUGGGGGCUUCGGUGAAUGGUCGAGGAAGGAGGUGGGCGUUUGAUGAGGAUGGGAGGGUUUGAAGGAGGAGGAGGAGAAGGGGAAGAAAGAAGGAAGGAAGUCGAUUUUACUUUUCAGAUUCAGGUGGGUCGGGUUUGGGGUUGGGUCGAUUAUUGGGUAGGUUUGCGGGUUGGGUAAGGAAGGGUGAUAUGCGGACAAAUCCGACGUGGCGGGUUGGGUAGUCAUUUUUUAGGGUUAAAAUAUGCUGACUGUGAUUUUCUGUUAGCCACGUCAUCACUUAAUGGUCGUCAUUAACGGAGUCUAACGGAGGUUAACGAAGAGUGACCGAAUUUGGACUGUUCAACUAAUUUAAGUGACUACUAAUAGAAUAAACCAAUUUUAGUGACCAAACGUGAAAUUUUGUAGCAAUUCGAGUGACCAAACUUGCAAUUAAGCCUAUAGUUUUGUUUGGAUGAGUUAUUGAUUGUGGUUUGGUAUUUGUGCCUAAAUAAUUCACAAAUUUCAAAUGUGAUAUUUUAGUGUUAUUUGAUACAUUUGAGUGUAGAAAUAUUGGAAGGAAAUAAAUUUGUGACCUAUUUGUAUGUAUUAUUUUAUAUCAUAAAAGGAAAAAAGUAAAAAAGAAUGAAUGAGUUAUUUAGAAAUAACGAUGUAUGAGUUAUUGAGAAUAAUUCAGUUAUUUUUAAAUAAUACUAGUUAAAUUAACUUAUCACUGCAUUGAGUUGUCAAGCAAAUUAUUCUGCCCCAUCAUAAUAACUUGUUUGAAUAACUAAUCCAAACAACCCCAUAAUUCAUUGGCAGUAAAAAAAUAGUAACUUAUUAAUAAUAAUAAUAAUAAUAAUAAUAAUAAUAAUUAGCUAGUAAUUAAACAAUGAGAUCUAAUUAUUCUCUCGGAUACUCGAUCUGUGCUGUAGCACGUACACAUUACAAUUAUCAAUAUACGGUUCUCAUACUUCAAAUAGAUGAUGAUUGUGCAUGGCUCUUUAAGGAUUUGAUAUAAUAAGAAAAAGUAGUGAUAACUAUAGGUGUCAAUCGGGCGGGUUCGGGCUGGGUUCAAUCGGGUUCGGGUUCAAACGGGUUGCGGGUUAAUCGGGUUCGGGUUCAUCGGGUUCGGGUUCAAACGGGUUGCGGGUUAGUCGGGUUGCGGGUUCAUCGGGUUCGGAUUCAAUCGGGUUGCGGGCAAAUCGGGUUGCGGGUUCACCGGGUUUUGGGUCGGGCGGGUUGCGGGCGGGUCGGGUUUCGGGUUGUUCGGGCCAGCGCAUCAAGUAACUUAACUCAUUACUCAUUACCAACUUACACAUUUUAUUACACUAAUUUAAAAUAUUUUCUCAACUUUUUAACCAAUUUUUUGAAAAAAAACUAGUCAAAAUGUUAAAUCAAUUUGUAUGACUUGCAAACUUGUUAUGUAAUUAAUCAUAAUUGGUAAAGUAUUAUAGCUAAUAGUAAUGGUGAUAUCAAUAUUUGCAACCAAAAGACACCGUUAAUUGUUUAUUUGAUAUUUUAAUAUUAAUUCAGUAGUAAUUGGAUUAAAGUAUCUCGUUUAGUAUGACCAUGCAAAUCUGGUAUUUGGCAAAAGCAUAGUGAUAAAAGGAGUUAUUUCAAAAUAACUCAUUCCCCAAAUAACUUUAGUAAACUGUUGCCAAACGAGUUAUUUGUAAAAUUGUUCGAAUUAUCCUAAAAAUUGAACCAUUAAAGAUUAGCUAUCAAAUUUAGUAAAAUUAUUGUGACUUCAAUCAUAACUUACUCAAUAGCAUAUAUCCUAUACACUUAGUAUAUGUUGUUGAUUGUAUACCCUAAACCAUCAAUACAUUAUACACUAACCACAUAACCUAUACCCUAAUCAUAUGUCCUUGAGUUGUGAUUUUGCUAGUAUAGUUAAUUUAAA